AUGGCAACAUCAGCAGAAGCGCCGCCCACGCCGCCCACGACCGAGAGCGAGGUCUCCCGGACGACGCCCACCGGCGAGCCCUCCACGACCUGUUACAAGAUCAUCGGCGACCUGUCGUCCGCCACCUCGCCGCCCCUCAUCGCCCUGCACGGCGGGCCCGGCGCCGGCCACGAGUACCUAUCCCCCCUCACGGCCUUCCAAGGUCCCUCGGAAUUCCAACUUAGGGGCUGGAUCAAGGACUGGGAGGGCUGGCGCCCCGCGCACAAGAUCGCCGUCCCCACGCUGCUGCUCAAUGGGCGCUACGACGAGGUCAUCGACAAGGCCAUGGAGCCGUGGUUCUACACCAUCCCGCGCGUGCGCUGGGUCACACUCGAGAACUCGAGCCACAUGGGUCACUGGGAGGACACUGAGCGCUACAUCGGGCUGUGCGGCGCCUUUCUGGCGAGCAGGGACCCGUCUUGA